CAUCGUAAAGAUGUCUGACUAUCGUGGGUUCAUACUCUGACAAAAUUUCCGAAUUUUAGAUUUUUCUAUAAUUUGUGACGUCCUAGGCACAUAAAAAAAUUUACGUUGCAUGUAAUUGCGACUCCUAACCUAGAUUAACGCGACAAUGGUUAAAAAAAAGAGACAAAGCGAUCCUAGCGAAAAUGGAGACGAGUCGACUGAAUCGUGCGACGAAACUGUUAAGUCCGCAUGUCACCAUGUAGCUAAAGCAGUAGACCUCACGCGCCUGAAGAAAUCACUCAAAAAUGGGGGUUUCGAGAAAGAAUGCGCGGAAUGCAAGAAAAGUGCGAGUACCGAAGUAGUUGACCCAAAUUAUGAAGAAGACCUCUCGCUAUGGAUGUGUUUGCGCUGCGGGACCCAACUAUGUGGACGUACACGUAAUAAACAUGCUCUAAAUCAUUUCAACACGCCCCACUCUGACUGCCAUGCAUUAACAGCUAACACUACAACUUGGGAGAUAUAUUGCUAUAAUUGCAACAAUGAAGUUACAGCUUCUAGCGCGAAAAAACUUCAUGAAUGUGUUGAAUAUUUAAAAAAGCAAUCAUCAAGUAACCCGAAACUACCACCAAUAGAACUGCCCUUCGACAACCUAGGAUCCAAGCCAUUAGAACUCACAAUGCCAUUAGAAACAAUGUCAAGGAAUGAUAAGGGGAAAGAUAAGGCAAUGGCAUUGAACUUGCCCCGUGUAAGGGGUCUAACAAAUUUAGGGAACACAUGUUUUUUCAAUUCUGUCAUUCAAUGUUUAGUUCAGACACCUUAUUUGUUAAAUGUUUUGCAAGAAAUGGCAAAUCCCGGUGAAAAGUUUACUUUGCCCGGUGGUAAAUUGUCCAUUAAGCCUGACCAAACUGGUGAGGAGAACAAAGAAGUGGACCUACCACCAAUUACUGGACAGUUAGCUGAGUGGGGAAUCUUGACAAAGACCUUAGCCGAGACAUUGGAUGAAUUACAAGCAGGAGAAGGUGGAGUAUACAAUCCUAGAAAGCUGCUGUCUGCUCUAGUCAACAAGCUGCCGCAGUUAGGCGGCGGUGAUCAACAUGAUGCCCAUGAACUGUUGAGACAUUUGCUUGAAGCUGUUAGGUCGGAGGACCUACGUCGCUACCAGUCUGUCAUACUAAGCAGUUUGGGUGUUAGUUCUAAGGUUGAUCCAGCUAAAGUUGACGGAGAAAUUAAACAGAAGGUUAAGUUCUAUGGACAACAGGCCUCGGACACCAUGCUUAGACCAGAACAGGUCUUUCGAGGCUUCCUAGUAUCGACCCUAGAGUGCCAGGAGUGCUUCCACCAAUCAGAUCGUUCAGAAUACUUCCUUGAUCUCUCUCUGCCUGUUGCUGCUUCACGUCCUCAGCCACCUGCUCUGGUUAGAAGGAAAACGCCCAAUGACGAAAGUAAUUUAUACAAUGCUCAAGAAGAGAAUAAACCCUCGAAAUAUCAACUGAAGAAAGAACGCGUCGCUAGGAAAGCCGCUAGGAAAAAAGGAAAUUCAAUUUCCAAAGAUAAGACUUCACCAACGGAGGCCAACGGGUCGAAGGAAGAAGGAAAAUCGUCUUCUGAACAAUCUGAUGCCGACGUUGAAGACAAUCUAGAAGAUCUCCCGCGACAGACGGAGACGCACUCCGUGUCCACGGGCACGCAGGCCAUCGCCCACACGGCCGCCAACUUCGCCGCCUACCACAUGGAAUCGGGAUACAACUCCGAAAAGGUCAUCAGUUCCGACUCCAUCCGAACCAGCCCCGUCGAUUUGGACAAGGAGAAGACGGACAACACGCCGGAAUCGGCCGACAAGGAUAAAGAAUUCGCAGAAGUUGGCACGUCGACAACUGCUAUAGCGCUCGAAUAUAAACCUCUCGUAUCUUUAGAGAACUUCUCUAACCCAGAUUCAGGAGUCGCCAGUCCCGAAGCGACCAAACACAAUUCCACGGAAACAGUCGAUAAUGUAGAUUCUCCUUUGAACGGAAAAGAGCUAGGCAGCCAUAGUUCCUUAUCGAGCGAAAUCAAUCUGGAUCUAUCCAGUCCUCAACACAACAAACUGUCACCCGUCAAGAGCGACUUCGAGAGGCCGGUCUCGAGAAUAUCCUUUGCCCCGGAGUAUUCCAACGAGGUCGUCUCCCGAGGUAUAAGCGUGCAGGCCUGCAGGGAUCUCUUCGAAAAUAGCUGGGAGUUCAACAAUGCCAGAAACGAAGACUCUCUGUACAACGAUAUGAAUCAAGACGUCACGAGCAAGCUGGAAAAAUUAAAGCUCGACAUGGACGAGCCGAAGCCGAAGCCCACGCCGCCCUCACCGGUCGCGGCCGACGCCUCGCAGGAGCCGCCGCCCAUGGUACCCAGGACCAAAGCUAACAACGUAGACGCCGAAAAGAACACCAACCGCGACUUCCUGUCCUUCUCCCGCCAGAGCCCGCUGUCGCCGCGCUACGUGUGCGACGAGGACGAGUGCAGUAUCCAGUCCUGUCUCGCCCAGUUCACGGCGCUCGAGCUGCUCACCGGCAACAACAAGGUCGGCUGCGAGACCUGCACCGAAAGGAUCAACGGCAAAGACGGCAAGACCGUGUACACGAACGCCACCAAGCGCUUCCUCGUGUCGAGCCCGCCCGCCGUGCUCAUCCUGCACCUGAAGCGCUUCCAGCUCGGGCCGCGCUGCAUGUUCCGCAAGAUGUCGAAGCACGUGGACUUCCCGACCGUGCUGAACCUGGCGCCCUUCUGCGCCCAGGAGGAGCGGCGCGCGCGGGGGGGGCUGCUGUACUCGCUGUAUGGCGUGGUGGAGCACUCGGGCGGCAUGCACGGCGGGCACUACGUGGCCUACGUCAAGGUGCGGCCCGGCGCCCCGCGGCGCUCCUUCCUGCCGGCGCCCGGCGCGGACUCCGAGUCGGAGCUGUCGGGCUACGAGUCGGGCGAGGGCCCGGCGGGGGCCCCGGUGCCGCGCGGGCGCUGGUUCUACGUGUCCGACAGCAUGGUGUCCGAGGUUUCGGAGGACAAGGUGCUGCGCGCGCAGGCCUACCUGCUGUUCUACGAGCGCAUCCUGUGAGGGAGCGCGGUGUACAUAGCUUCCUUCUCGUCGACGCUCGGGUCGGAUUGUAAUUUAUUGUCGAGGUGGUCGGAGGGACGUGGCGAUCGUGAGUUCUCGGUAGUCGACUCGUUUCGUAGGUUUCAUACGGUUCCUGUGUUCGUUUAGUGGACGCUUGCGUUUUGUGAACGGGAAACGUGCGUGCGUCCUUUCAUGUAUCGUUGAAUAUAUAAUGCGAUGUAAUUAUGUUUACGUUUAUACAUAUAUCGGUGGUUCCGUCGAUUUAUAAUCAUAAUGACAGAGUUUACAUAAUGUUGUUCUGAAGUUUUGUGUCUAAAGGUGCUCCUACACACGAAACAGACCACAAACUAUACUUUAAAAAAAAUACUACCUUCGAACUACUUCCAUUUAAAACUCGGCCAAUUAGUAAAUUAAAAUUAGGAAUUUGAAUCAUAAAAUUAAUUAUUAUUCUCUUAUACAACUGCCAUUAAUAUAACAUUGCCUUAAAAAUCAUAAGUACAAACAAACAACUAUUUCAAUAAUUUCCUUUGAAGCGAUGCAGUGCUAGAAUCCUUAAAAAGUUGUAAUUAAGCUUUACUCUUCCAAUUAAUGGCUUUAGUUAGUAUAAUGCCGGCACGAGUCUUUAGCCUACAUGGGCAGCAGUAGGGGCAAGUUCGCGCAUGUACACUUUACCAAAUGACAAGCGGGAGUCCAAUAGACGACGAGCAUCGCCUGACGGACCAAUCGCGUGUCUCAGCGCCCCGGCUACUUCAUUCCCCAAAUAUGUAAAAAUGUACUACAGCGCAGGUCUAGGUUGUGCUCAUGACUCAUGCCGUUUACUAUACAUACUUUUAAUUAAAAAAAAAUACAAGUCAGUGUCGGUGCACCUUUAUUUUAACGUAUUUAUUAAUAAUGUCUAGAAUGAUUUUUAUUAAGGCUUAAAUUUAUCACACGAAAGUAACGUAAUUUUUUUUUUACUAUAUUUUACUGAUCAGAACUACUUGUCUCAAUGGUCUAGUCUUCCAUUGAAGUGUCAACAUUUUAACGUAAAGUUAGUUUUGGCUAUAAGUAUACUAUAACAGCAUUGAUAUUUAAACGCCCUGAAAAUAUUAUUUAUUAUGUUUUGUGAUGUCUCGUUAUGCUUUGGAUGUGGUCUCACGUGACAAGAAAUCAAUUGCACUUAAGGCUCAGACAGACCUACCACUUCUCAGUUGCAAAGAUGUGGGCGUUACCUUACAACUUAACGCUUAGCGCAAUUAUGUUCGAUCCGAUUAUUCAUUAUGAUAUUUUUAAAGAAUAUCUGAUGCAUAGUGUUCUUCGUUAACAUGAACUGUUGUAAUUAAAUUUGAUUUUGUUUUCAAUGAUUUUUAUGUGAGAACCGCUACUGUGUAAACAACGUUAACUUUAGCUAAAAUAUUGUCAUAUAGACAUACCACUCCUGUUUUAUACUAAUUACUAAUUAGUUGAGUGCUCAAUUUAGUUAAUGCAGCUCCGUGUUUGACUAAUACUAUUCGUUUCGAGAAGUUUACGGUGAAAUAUAUAAGAUUUCUUAAUAUAAAUUAUAAAAUGAACUCCUAUUCCAAAUUUGAUCGUAACUGAAAUGUAAGUUAUUUUUUUUUUUGUUUUAUACUAUAUAUAUUAUACAGAAUUUAAUUAGAUCCGACUAUUAAAUCGCCUUGCUCUGUAUAAUAAAUGAGAGAUAAUUUUUACUAGCCAUAUUAUAAUUUAAAGUUAAACAUUUUCGUAGAUUGUGGCUCGCGUUUGGCAACAAAUUGCUACAAAUUUUUGUAUACAGUCAAUUUUUGACUGUCAGCCGUCGAUUGUGAUAAUUUCACUGUAAGCUUCUAGAACGUUCUGUCGUAUAUGUAUGUCUAUUGAUUUGUGACGAUAGUUAACCCGAGUUGAUUAUGUUAUUGUAUUUGAUAAUUUUGUAUAUUGAAACCACAUAUUGUGUUAUGAACAGGUGUAUUAAAUAAAAUAUAGUUUUAAAACA